AUGUCUAUAUCAACAGCUACAGAUGAACGCACAGAAGGUGAUGAUGAUACAUCACAGGGAAGCCACCCAAAAGAUGAUACAAGUGAGUCAGAAAAUGAAAAUGAGCCUCAAAAUCAAAAUGGAGAAUCUGGUAGUCCUGAAGUCCAUGAAAUUACUAGUGAUGAGGAAGAUUGUGUAGUGACUAAUGAUGAUGAAUCUUCAAAUUCUAGUACUGAAUCAAAUGACAGUUCAGAAGGAUCACAACAAAGCAAUAAAGAUCGAGAUAAAGAAAAAGAUGAACAACCACUAGAAAAUGGUGGUGAGGAAUCGGAUGUUGAGGAAGUUACCAUUGAAGAUCCCUUAAAUCAAUCUCAUAGUAAGACUAAACCUAUAGUAAUUAAUGACACAAAGAAUUUGUCAGAACUGGCAUCAAAACAAACAGAUUCAAAUGAUGGGGAACAAAACAAGGAGCCUACUGUUGUUAUUAUUGACACAAAUUCAAUUUUAUCUGGCAAAGGCUCUACACCAGUACAAAACAAAACAAAUUCAAGCAUUAUUGACGCUCAGAAUUUGUGUCAAAGUAUUGCUGCUCGUGGCACCACAAUUACUCCUAUUAGCUGCAAAUCCAUCACUAAUUCAAAUUCCAGAGUUAGUCAGCAGCAAAAUAGUACACCUUCUCCUCAAACUAAUAUUUUACCAUCUUUGACAGAUGAUAUGUUUGUAGUAGAAGCCCCUUCAUUUAUUGUUCCUUAUGUGUAUGAAAAACCAUCUGUAAAACCUUUUAGGGAGUUUGUGGACAAGUUAGGUAAAGAGUUAGAAGAAAUUAAGAUAAAAGAAGAUCAGGAAAAGUUAGAAAAGGAAAAAGCAGAGAAAGAACGAAAAGAGAAAUUAAAAAAAGAAAGAAUUGAAAGAGGGGAAGAGAUUGAGGAGGAAAAUGAUAUAGAAGCUGAGGCUAAAAAGGCAGAAGAACUUGCAAAAGAAAAGAAAUUAAAAGAAGAGAAAAAGCAGCAUCGAAAACGUAGAAAUGAAGAAGAUGAUGAUUCCUGGGAUGGUGAGUCUUCCAGUGAAUCUGAGGAAGAAGGUCUGAGCGAUGAUGAGACUGUGGUUAUUAAAGACAAAGAUGAUGGUAUAGAAGAUGUAAAAGAUCCAAUUAAUAUGAUUAUUAAAGGUAUUGGUGGAAAAUCAGAUAGUUAUUUUGAUUGUUCUCUAGGUCAGUUUUUUAUAAACAUUGGUAUUAAUUUGGUGCAAGAAUAUGUUCAAAGUGAUUUGUUAAAAACACAAAAUAGAAAGCUGUAUAAGGAAAAGAAAUCAGGUCGCAGCACUAGAGCUACUGAAACUGCUAUCGCAUCUCUAACCCAGAAUUUAGCGUACAGUAAAAAACUCAAUGCUCCAUAUGCACUCGAACAAAAACGAUGUGAAUUUUGUAGUUUUAAAACUGAAUCUAUUUUAGUUAUGUCUCAUCACUUAGAAGCACCCCAUAUGAAAAACAAUAUAUAUAAAUGUAAUACAUGUCCAUUUGAAAUAAGAAGUCCUCAUGAUAUUUUAUACCACAUGGAAGCUGAGCACAAUAUCAGAGGGAGACUCGAAAGGGCUCCAGCUUACCAGCAGUGCCCUAAUUGUCAUUUUGAAGAUAAUAGCAAAACAAAAUUGGCACGUCAUCUUAUAGCAUGUGCUAAAAAAUUUAAACCUGAAUUUAAUCUCGGGCCUCCUCUCGAAUGGGAGCCACCAGCAAAAAUACCAAAGUUAUCUAGAGCGCGCAAUAGCGUCGUUGGAGCAUAUCAGUCGAGUUUCAAUAGAUCGCAGGUGGGGAUAAGUCCUCUGGGGCGACCGCCUCUGACUAUGUCCAACACUCCUAUUCCGAGUAUGCCAGUCCUGGGGCGACCGAGAGGCCGGCCACCGUUAGCAGGCCCUGCUCGCGCACCUGUCUCGGGAGUGCCUAUUAUUCGCAGUGGUGUAAUGAUUAUGCACAAUACUCCAGCCAGUGGGACCACAAUUUCUAAUUAUCCAAUUAUACAAAAUAAUCAAGCAAACCAAUCAUCAUCUGCGACCCCUAAGAUAUCUAUUACACCUCUACCUCGUGCACCACAACCUUCCUCAUCUAAUUCUACACAAAACUCCAAAGCUACUUUUGUUAUUUGUGAAAUUUGCGAUGGAUAUAUCAAAGAUUUGGAACAAUUACGAAAUCAUAUGCAGUGGAUACACAAGGUUAAGAUUCACCCUAAGAUGAUUUAUAACAGACCUCCAUUAAACUGUCAAAAAUGUCAGUUUAGAUUCUUUACUGACCAGGGCCUGGAGAGGCAUUUAUUGGGUGCACAUGGUCUUGUUACAAGCUCCAUGCAAGAAGCAGCUAACAAAGGGAAAGACGCUGGUAGAUGCCCAGUGUGUGGACGUGUUUAUCAGUGGAAGUUGCUCAAUCAUGUGUCCAAAGAUCAUAAUAUGACUCUAAAACCAGCUCAUCUUUCCUAUAAAUGUACUGUAUGCACUGCAACAUUUGGUAUGUACAAGCAAUUUGAAAAUCAUGUUUACUCGGCCCAUAGUGUUGUGGCAAAACGUGUUAUAGACAAAAGUAAGACUUCCACCCCACCUACUAAGACUUCAGAAACUGAUCCUUUGCUCAAACCACUCAAAAUAAGCGAUGAGAUCACAAUAAUACCUCAACCUGCUAAAUCAUCAGUGACUAUCACUGCAAAGGGCAAA